GGGCUAGUUGGGAAAGCCUUGUGCGGUUGUAAUUCACAAAUGAUAUUGACUCACCGCGCCCUGUAAACUGACAUCACAGGGAGACGCCUCAGAAGUUGGACUUUCAAAACACACAUCUUCAAAAAUCCCACAAUCACAGCCUUUGCUCAGACCUCGGUGACGCUUGGACUUUCUCUCUCGAUACAUCGUCAAACCCUGGUAGUUUGGAAAAUUUCAGUCUGAGACACGUAUAAGCACUUUAUCGUGAUGCUCGUGCUUCUGGGAUUUAUUCUUGUCUUUCAUGUUGCAACAGCAGCCCUGCUGUUCAUCGCCACAAUAGAUAAUGCCUGGUGGAAAAUUGGUAGCAGCAGCACUGAUAUAUGGCAGGCCUGCUACUCCAAUGGAUCUGACUGUAACAAAAACAUUGAGGAUUAUGGAGACUGCAUCAAGGCAAUCCAGGCGACAAUGUGUCUGUCGGUGAUCUUUUGCUGCAUUUCAUUCAUUGUGUUUGUUGUCCAACUGUUCCGACUACAGAAGGGACAAAGGUUUUUCAUUGCUGGAAGUCUGCAACUGCUUUCUAGUCUCAGUGUAAUGAUUGCAGCUUCCAUUUAUACAAGCCAGGAAGCAAACUUCCAUAAAAAUAUGCCUUCAGGAGAAUACGGAUACUCUUAUAUUCUAGCUUGGAUCUCUUUUGCUUUUACUCUGAUCAGUGGUGUGAUGUACAUUGUUUUACGAAAACGUAAAUAAAAGAUCUAAAUCCUUCUGUAUGCAUCACUGCAGAAAAAUGGUUUCUGAAUGAAUAGCUUCAAUCUUCUGCACAGUGACUGUCACAUGAAGCAAAAAUAUCAUACAAUAGUUAAUUUUACACUUUAUGAAGCCUUUCUUGCAAUUUCUUUAAAGCCAGUUUGGUGCAGUUUUUACAAAAAAUAUUCACAUUUGUCUACAUUAAGGUACAAUUUUUUUGUUGUCAAAUGAUGAGCACUUUUUUUGUAUUAUCCUACAGCUAUUCAGCUUGUCUGUUCAUGUUCACAGAGCAGGUGGUUUAAGCACUUCAAUCUCCACCAAAAUGAGCUGUGUUUAGUUCAUGAGAUGCUUUUUAAACUGGCGACUUUAUUCUCCAUCUCAGAUGAAGCCUUUCCCAAAGUCAGCUUAUUUUAUCUAUGAUUCAGAGUUUAAUUUUCCAAAACAUUAUUUUGCAUAUACAAAUUGAAACUAUAUAUCAAAAUCAUUUAGGUUAAAAUAUUCUGAAAAGUGGCAGUAAGUCUUAAUAUGGUCCUUUAUCCAGAGAAGUACAUUAUUGAUGUUUGUCUAUAAGCCAGAGAACGGUACCAUAGUGUCCACUGCGAAGCCAUAUUUUCUUCAAUGCUGCAUUAAUAAUGUAGCUGUGUUGUAACAAUGUAUUCAGAUGAAACAACUAAUACUUUGUACAGUUAGUGAAUUGUGUGAAUUUGGUUUAAAUUAUCCAAACCAAGAAUAAUUUAAAAAAAAAUACAAUUUUAAGGUACAUUUUUAAAAAAUUCAUUUUUGGAAGCUCAUAACUUGUGUAGUACCAAGCCUAUAUAUGUCAGGAGCAGCAUAUUCUUUACCAUGUCACUGAAUCUAACAUGUAAAUAUACCCACCUUAGUUGGUGGCAUUGGGUGUCAGGGAACUGAAGGUGUUGGGUUUCAAAAAAUUCAAAAUUCAGAUUCAAAUAGGAUCCAAGUUUUUGAUUAGAUAUAAUUUGCAAGAUUUUCAAUAAUUUUCUAUCGGUCAAGUACAUGGAUAUAAUUACACUGAUAUAUCAGAGAAUCGAGAGUGAAAUCAUUAGCCCCCAUAAAUUAUUAAAUUUAUCUUUUUAAAUAUGGUCUAGUCUUGAAAGCAAAAUCUAAAACAAAUGCUUAUUAGUCUCCAAUGAUGUCAGGGCUUGUUCAUAUAUUUUAUUUAUUAACAUAAUAUAAACCAUCUAAAGUGUAAACUGCUGGAAACGGGCAUGAUUUCCUGAGUACUUUUUCAUUCUAAAGCAGAGCAGCUGCUAACUGAUAAAAUAAUAGGUUUGUUUCAGAUCAAACUGAUAUUUUUGGCUUGAUACAAGCACAAGUAGGUGCCCCUUUCUUGCAAGCACCACCAGAAUUUUUUUUUAUAUAUUGCCCUUCUGAGAUUCAUGCCACCAAACUAAUUAAAAGCUUCAUGUUCUUGCUGUGCUGAUGUGGUUGGCAAUCUGAGACUCGACUCUUGAUCUUUUUGAGCUCGGGUGAAACUUUGUUUUAUGUACUUACCUACUGAAAAUCAUGUCUCCAGCAUUACCUAAUUCUCAGUCAUAGAUUUUCUGCCACUAGAUGUCACUUAACUAUAGUGUAAAAUUUAUAAGAUUACUGAUCAGACUUCUUCAAAUCCAUCAUUGCGAAUGAAGUACUGAAACUCUGCCAGCACAGUUUUUCCCUAUUUUUGAACUAAAGCAAAGAGAUUUUCCCAGAAACUAAGAAAUUCUUGACUUGAGAAAAUUACUACCUUUGCUUUUGUAGGAAGCAGAAAACACUGUUGAGAAAUACUUGAAUUCAGCAUUUGAGAGUUUGUCAAGUUCAUUUUGCUAGGUUUUUUCCCCAUCAGAAGCACAUUGUGAUUGCAAAGGCUCUUAAGUCUAAAUAAGAGAACUAAUUUCACCUUGUUAGAUUACACUCAAGAUGUUGAUAUUUUUUCCUGUACCUAUUUGAUAAUUAGAGAGCAAGCAUCAACAUAACAGAAAACAAGAUAAUUGCACUGAAACUUAGCAUUCAACUUCCAGGCAAAGGUGUGUGUUUUAUCUCUCAAAAGACUUUUAGCCCAGAAGUGAAUUUUACUUCGAGAUAUCAAAUUUUAACUUUUAAAUAAACCCAUUAGCUUGCACAUAGGAAAUGCCACUACAGGUUCAACUCAAGAACUGUGACUGCCAAUGCAAUACUGUAGAAUGGUUGAGACAUAUGCUAGUGACUUCUAGUGGCAGCAGGAUGGUACUGUCAAAUGACUUGUUAAUAAAUAGCUUGGUAUUUCUGAUUUUCUUAAAUCUACUGCCUAGCAAAAUGUGGUUUUAUAUUGUUUUGCAAGCGUUAAUAGUUAUAGCGACCAACCAUUUGCUUCCUUUCAUAUAAAAUAUUGCGGGGGGGGGGUACAUCUUUUUCAGUAUGUGACCAAUGGAAACAGGGAAAUUGGUAAAUUAUUUACUGUUGUACAGUUAAAUAAGGUCAGGGAAGGCACCACAGACUUUCAUAAAGAAGGAUCAAAUAUAAAAAAAUGGUCUAUCUUGCAAGUGGAUUUCAUUGCAUAAGCAAUGAAGUAGGAGUACAAAAUAAAAACAAAAAUAAAAAUACCUGGAAAAACUCAGCAGGUCUGACAGCAACUGCAGAGAGGAAUACAGUAGGAGUACAAGUGUUUUUCUGCUAAUCAGUCACUAUUUAAUGACAUUUACACAGGCUCCAAACAAAAUUUGAAAAGUUCCACUUGCAAGAGAUUUUACCCAGGUGGUGUUUCUUCAGAGCUUAGAACCAAAGAUGAUAUAAUACUCAGCUAGCAUUGAAGCUGGCCUUUUUCCAUUAUUUUAUCUUAAGGUAUUGUUUUUUAUAACCAAAAUGUAUUUAUUGCAUGCCAACUCAUUGUUAAUGCUUUUUAAUCUAACCCAGUGAAGUAUUCUAUCAUUUGAUACCUGGUUUAUAAUAAAUAUAGUUUUAUCUAAUGCAAUGUCAUACGGUACGUUAUCCUUUCUCUGCCUAAAUCAUCAGCCACAGACGGGAAUCAAAACUAUUGAGGAUUAGAGAGGGUGAGACAUUACAUUUUUCUAAGUACAUUUGUGGUUUAAUGAACACACUGCAUGCAUUUUAAUGACUAACAUUUGGCCAUUGCCCCUAGGUCAAGUUAGUUUCUGCCAUUUAAUUUAUAUUUAACACACCUUGAUUUGAAUCUACAUCCAGACAAAUCUGAUUCUUACAGUGGAAAUAAUCAUAUGCUUGUCAACUUUAUCAGAUGAAAUAUUCCAGUAUAAAAAUUAGAUGAAAUCAUGAUCUCAUCUAUAGACCACCAGUGCAACUAUCCUUAAGUAAAUUUAUGGUCAUCCAGGAUCCUAUUUCUUAACUGGUAAAUUAGGAGGUUAACAUGAGCUUCAUUUAGGGAUUUAUUCCUUUGGAUGUUAUCUACAAUAUUGAUUAAUUUUUAGUCACAUUUAGAAAAUACUGUAAACUCUUCUAUUGAUAAAUGCUUUUGGCACUACCUGGUCUCUUUCUCCUGGCAUUUUUGUUUAGUUUUGAUCUCAUGAUUCAACAUCUGUGUAAUAAGGGCUGUGUGUAAUGAAAUCUAAAAUAUAAGAAAUGAUUAAUUCUGUAUUUUGUAUUAUGUAAUAAAGUACCUACCUAGCAAA